AUGUCUCACUCAGGUGCUCAGGGCAGCAUUGGCAGCCACUCUGCCAUAGGACUGCGCUCUCACAAGAUGCACCUCUACGAAUACGAGAACUUCCAGGGCCGUAAGAUGGAACUGACUGCGGAGUGCCGUAACCUGUGUGAGAAGGGUUUUGACAAGAUUGGCUCCAUCAGAAUAGAGAGUGGACCCUGGGUGGGUUUUGAGCAGCAGAACUUGACGGGUGAGAUGUUCAUUCUGGAGAAGGGAGAGUUCCCUCGUUGGGAUACCUGGUCCAACAGCUACAGGUCUGACCGCAUGAUGUCCGUCAGGCCCGUCCGCAUGGACCCCCAGGACCACAAGAUUUGCCUCUAUGAGUGUAUGAACUUUGAGGGCCGUAAGAUGGAGGUGUGUGAUGAGGACAUUCCCAGCCUGUGGUCUUACGGCUUCCAGGACCGUGUGGCUAGCAUCCAGGUCACCGGUGGAACCUGGGUGGGGUACCAGUACCCCGGCUACCGUGGUUACCAGUAUGUGUUUGAGAUGGGCCCAUACAAGCACUGGAAUGAAUGGGGAGCUCACCACCCCCAGAUUCAGUCCAUCCGCAGGGUGAGGGACAUGCAGACGCAUCGCAGGGGCUGCUUCGAGAUGACCGCAUAG